GGCGGGGCCGGGCGGGCGGGCGGCGAGCGGCGGCCGCGCUGUCAGGCCGGUGUCGGUGUGAUGAAGAUUGGCGGGCAGACCUGGAUUGUACCACUGACCCUCAGUGAGAUCUCGUGCCAGGGAUUUGCCAUCCCCCAGGAGCCGAAAAGGACGGGACGAGACUGCGUCACCCUUCAUCCUUGGCGGAUAGACCAGCAGCAAGCACGCCUUCGUUUUCUGGACACACCUGGGUUGUGAUCCCUACCCAGAAAAUCUUGGUUUCGGGGCGGCGGGAGGACAUUUCAGGGCAGCAGCUCCUUGAGCACCCCCCAAACGGUUCUCGAUGUGACUCCCACCCAGGAUGCACCAUGUCUCCCCGGCACCGGCUCUGACGAUGAUGGCCACCCAGACGGUGCCCCCUCCUCCCUACCAAGACACCCCGCAGAUGACGGCCACAGCCCAGCAGCCCACCAAGGCACAGCCCGUGCAUCUCGCUGCGCCGGCGGUGGCCACCAACCCCCCGGUACCCGCCACGGCCGGCGACCCCCAGGCGCAGCUGGAGGCCGACAAGCGAGCCGUCUACAGACACCCGCUGUUCCCGCUGCUGACUCUGCUCUUUGAGAAGUGCGAGCAGGCGACGCAGGGCUCUGAGUGCAUCACCUCGGCCAGCUUUGACGUCGACAUAGAGAACUUUGUUCACCAGCAGGAGCAGGAGCACAAGCCCUUCUUCAGCGAUGACCCUGAGCUGGACAACCUGAUGGUGAAGGCGAUCCAGGUGCUGCGCAUCCACCUUCUGGAGCUGGAGAAGGUCAACGAGUUGUGCAAGGACUUUUGCAACCGCUACAUCACCUGCCUCAAAACCAAGAUGCACAGUGACAACCUACUCAGGAACGACCUGGGGGGGCCCUACUCCCCCAACCCCUCCUCCAUUAGCCUCCACCCCCAGGAGAUGCUGCAGAGCUCCCCCGCGGCGCUGCCGCCCGCCUCCAACCCACCGCCGGGCAUCGUCGUGCCGGCGGCCGCGCUGCCACCAGGCAACUUGGCCAUGAGCGCCAGCAGCGGCUCGCCCGCCGUGCCAGGUGGAGCCUUGUACCAGCCCGUGACCAUGGUCACGUCGCAAGGGCAGGUCCUCGCCCAAGCCAUCGCCCCCGGCGCCCUACAGAUCCCCAAUGCCCAGGUGAACCUGGAUCUCACCUCCCUCCUUGAUGGUGAGGACAAGAAGUCCAAGAACAAGCGGGGCGUCCUGCCCAAACAUGCCACCAACAUCAUGCGCUCAUGGCUCUUCCAGCAUCUCAUGCAUCCCUACCCCACAGAGGAUGAGAAGAGGCAAAUUGCGGCUCAAACCAACCUGACCCUCUUGCAAGUCAACAACUGGUUCAUAAACGCCCGGCGGCGCAUCUUGCAGCCAAUGCUCGACGCCAGCAACCCAGACCCAGCCCCCAAAGCCAAGAAAAUCAAAUCUCAGCACCGGCCCACCCAGCGGUUCUGGCCCAACUCCAUCGCCGCCGGAGUCCUGCAGCAGCAGGGUGGCAAUUCGGGGACAAAUCCUGACGGCUCACUCAGCAUGGACAACCUGCAGCCCCUCUCAUCAGCCACAGCCACCAUGGCCAUGCAGCAGGCCAUGCUGGCAGCCCACGACGACUCCCUCGAUGGCACUGAGGAAGAGGAGGAGGAUGAGGAGGACGAGGACGAGAUGGAGGAGGAGGAAGAAGAGGAGGAAGAGCUGGAGGAAGAGCCUGGUGGCCUCCCCAGCAGCACCGGCACUGACCUCGGCUUGGACCACAGUGACUCGCUGGAAUAACUCCUCCUGCACCUCCCCAAAUCACUGACAGCACCGGAAACAAAAUUCCCCCCAAAAUGCCAAAAAAAUUGGCAAGAACAGCAACAAAAUUGGUGAAAAAGAAGCAAAUUGGAGGCAUUGGCGGAUGCCCCGGCUGCCCACAGGAGCGCGGGGACCACCAUGUCGGCACGUGGCAGUGAAGGACACAUGUUUACAAGGCACAUAUUGUGGCCAGAUUAAUUUUUUUUCAGGUUUUCUUCUUAAUUUUCCCUUUUCCCCCUUCAUUUUUGGUAAGAAAAAGCAUUUUUAGGGGAAGCCGUUUUCCCCACGCGAUGCUGGGAUGCUGUUGGGCGACAGUGGGUUUUCACCGUGGGCCACCACGUCAAUCACUUGGAUUUCUUGGUGCAAAAAAAAACCCAACAAAAAACCAAACUAACAACCAACUGCAACUCCAGGACCUAUGCUUUUUGGGGUUUUCCCCCAAAAAGAAAAAUAUUGGCACGUGGGGGAAAAAAACCCCAACAUAUCGGCGAGUGCAAAUUCUGCUUCAGGUUGGAUCUGAGGAGGGUUUGGUGCUCUUGGCCCACCGGAUUGCCCAGACCUCCCCGGUGCUGCUGCCGUUUGGUGACUGCGGAUGCAACUAUCUGGAAAAGGGAGGAAAUUCCCCCAAAUCCUUUUUAAUUUAUGUGCUAAAACCCCAAUGAAUCUGGGAAAAAAAAAAAAAACAACCCACCCCAUCCUUGUCCUUAAGGACUGAGACUGGAUGCAGCAUUGGGGCAGAAGCUGCUGGGAGCGAGAAUUUUCUGCAGUGUUUUGGCAACGGGUCAGGCAAAAAUGGGGAAAAAAUGGGUUUAAAAAAAAAAAAAAAAGCAGAUUUUUCACCCAGCAUUGAAUGGUGACCCCCCCAAGAUUCAACCAGGUGGAAGGAAAUUCAAUAAUGUUUCUGGAACGAUGGUGUCUCCCUGAUGCCGUCCACCCUGGUGGGAAAAUGUUGGAGUUUUACCCCAAACAAGCCAUGGGGAAGGGCAGCUUUGCCAAAAAAACCCAAUGUAUUUUGGUUUUUUUUUUUUAAAUGCUAGCAAAAGGGCAAAUCUCACCUUCAAACGUGGUGUGGGGGGAAAGGCAAAAGCAAACCCAGGUGACACAGGGCGAAAAUAAUAAAGGAAUUUUCUUCUGCAGGUUUCCACCUGUAAAUGCAGGUUUCUGUAAGAAGGAUUUUUUUUCCCCCUUUUUUUUUUUUUUUUUUUGGCGGCUUUUUGCUGGUUUUGUCCUUUUGGUUUUUUGGCUCUUGAAGAGUUGAGACAAAAAAAAAAAACAAAACAAAAACAAACCACAAAAAGCAGCUGGGGGCAAAAAAACCACCCGAGUGAUGCAAUGGGCAGAAAAGCCUAUUUUUCAAUACUGAUCUGGCGUGAAUGUAAUCUGUAAUUUCAUAAAGGAUUCAUUGUAAUUUA